AUGACUUCCAAAAACGUCGCCCUCGUCUUCGGCGCAAGUGGCAUCUCCGGCUGGGCCGUCGCCAAAAAUGUCCUCUCCUAUCCUACCUCUACGACCUUUUCCCGCGUUAUUGGAUUAACGCAUCGUCCUAGGACGGUCGAGGAGAGUGGCCUGCCUCAGGAUCCUCGUCUGGAGCUGCACUCGGGGAUCAACCUGCGCAGUAGCUUGGAUGAUGUGCUUGGACAAAUGCAGAAGAUUCCGAACGUGGAUGAGGUUACGCAUGUUUAUUAUUUGGCCUAUUCCAAUGCCACGGCAUAUAGCGAAAACGUCAUGGACAUCAGAGACAUCAACGUCAACAUGACAUCCAACGCGGUCCACGCAUGCGACCGUCUCUGCACGAAGAUGAAGUUCUUCGUGUUGCAGACUGGAACUAAUAACUACGGCGUCGCCGUCUUCCGCUUCCAAGACCAAAUCGAGAUCAACCCCCCGCUCAAAGAAAACCAGCCGCGCAUUCCCUCCCCCUGGGGCGACGAGAUCUUCUACUACGGCCAGGUGGAUAUCAUCAAGGAGGCGAAUCGGGGGAAGAGCUGGAAGUGGUGUGAGGUGCGGCCUGAUCAGAUUGUUGGCCACGUCCCAACCCCAACAAGCAUGACCUUCGUCGAGCCCCUCGCCCUCUACCUCGCCCUCUACCGCUACGUCAACGGCCCCAACGCACGCGUGCCCUUCCCGGGAACCUACAAGAACUACACGCACACGUACACGCCCUCCUCGCAGGACAUCAUCGCCCGCUCUGAGAUCUACCUCUCCGUCGUGCAGCCGGACAAGGCCCACAACGAGGCUUUCAACACUGCAGACAGUGAUACCCCCGCGCCGUGGAGUACCAUGUGGCCGCUUAUGUGUGAGUAUUAUGGGCUGAAGGGGGAGGAUGCGGUCCCUGGGGGGACGAGCUGGGGGGGCAUUGAUGGGUGGUGGGAGGAGCAUGGUGAUGAUUACGAGCGGAUGUGUGGGGAGUAUGGGCUGCAGAAGAGAGGCGUUAGUGAGGGGAGUUGGGUGUUCUUGAAGGCUGGUUUUACGUUGUUGGAGAGGAGUCGGCAUAUGAGUUUGGAGAAGAUUAGGGGGGUGGGGUUUCAGGAGGAGUUUCCUGUCGGACAUGGGUAUUGGAGGGUUUUUGAUUAUUUGGCUGGGGAGAAGAUUACGCCGGAUUUUAAGUAG